AUGUGCCUCUGGGUACCUGAACGCCCACAUUAUCUAGAUGAACUCAUUCGAUUGGAAGGGUGCGGAAGAGCGCAUCAUGCAUGCCAUGCCUGCGGAGACUCAGAUGCGCCUUAUCGUUGUGAAGAUUGCUUUUUGGUCAAUUUGUUUUGCUCCUCAUGCAUUAUAACACUACACCAGAAUGUGCUGCUUCAUCAAGUCAAGCGAUGGCAGGACGGGUAUUUUCACUCUACAACUUUGAAGCAACUUGGAUUGCGCAUUCAGUUGGGAGACCACACUGAGCAACUCUGCCGCAAUCCCAAACCUGCCCGAGACAAUGAUUAUGUCAUAAUUGAUGUUCAUGGAAUACACGAGGUCGCACUCAACUUUUGUGAUUGUGCAAAUGCGCCCUCCCACUACAGACAACUUCUCCGCAGACGGUUGUUUCCAGCAACUUCAACUGACCCAAGGACCGCUGCAACAUUCGCAGUACUCGAACAUUUUCACCUCCUAUCAUUCGAGUCCAAAGUCUCUGCUUAUGAAUUUUACCAUUCCCUUGCAUGUCGAAGUGAUAAUACAGGCAUAGUGCCUAUCAAGGUGAGCUCGCUAAACCAAUCAGUCAGAUUAACUUAG